GUCAGCUGUGUAGUUCCCAUGGUUGCCGCCCCAGGCAUUCAACAUCGGACAUAAUAUAAGCCGCACAGUUUAUACACACUCAGGAGUCAUUCAGACAGUCACGAUGUGGAAGUUUCAGCUCUUGAUCGUGGUUGUCUUCGCGUGGACGGUCGCGGCACAAGAACAACCGGUGUACCUGACGACGUUCCAAGGCUGGGGUUUCUUCAAGGUCCGUGUGACCAGGGGGGCCAUGACGAACGCUAACGUCCAGGCUACGUGCGCGGCUGCUGGGAUGAAAUACCCGUGCCACCAGCCCGGUACCACGGCGUGUAACUCCGGCUGGGCCGCGGGCUGCAUCGCGUACGACGAUCCCCACUCGUGGUGCUACACACAGAAGGUCCUGUCCUUAACUGUUUGCGGGAUUGACGAUCCUCGUAGGUGCCCGCAACUUGAUGACACCUUUGUGUGCCUGCCUGGCUGGCUCCAUGACAGCGCCUGGGGUGUGGACUACGACACGACCACGUGGGAUCUGCAGGGAGCGUACUACUACAACUUGUACGCCAUAUGUGCUGUUGGGGAGGCUUUGCUAGACUUUCCCUGCAUGAACGGAGGAACUCUUGUCAACUUCGUCUGUCAAUGUCCGCCAUGGGCCACGGGAUACAAGUGUGAGACAGACAUGAUAGAUGAGUGUGUGAGUUCCCCCUGUCUACACGGGACAUGUGAGGACCAGCCGAACCACUACACCUGCCGAUGUCAUCCCGGCUGGACCGGCGUGCACUGCGAAACAGAUAUAAACGAGUGUCACAGCUCGCCCUGUCCCCAGAACGCCACCUGCAUCGAUCACGUGAGCGGCUACAGCUGUCAGUGUGCACCUGGAUGGACUGGAAACAACUGUCAGACAGACAUAGACGAAUGUAGCAGCUCGCCUUGUCCGUUGAAUUCCACCUGCGUGGAUUUGGUCAACGACUACGCCUGUCAGUGUGCACCUGGAUGGACAGGAAAACACUGUGAAACAGACAUUGACGACUGUGCGAGCGGUCCGUGUUUGUCUGGCGGAACCUGUGUGGACCACGUGACCGGAUACAGCUGCGUCUGUCCUCCCGACACAACCGGAAACAAAUGUGAAACAGCGCUCUACCCCGACAAGUGUUACCGGUUCUCAGCCGACAGCCUGUCCCAUCAGGACGCCUCCACCGCCUGCACCAACAUGGGAGGACACCUGGCGGACGUGCGGGGACUGCAGGACCAGCAGCUACUUGCCGACCUCAUCAUGCUCGGCAGCGACGUCUCCCAUUGGACCUCCGUCAAAACGUCAUCCGUUCAGUUCGUGUAUAGUGAUGGCUCUCAGGUGUCUGGACUGUCAACUUGGAUGUCUACCAACUCCUACCGGCCGCUUGACGUGUGUGUGCUGCUGGACAGUGCAGACAUGUACCGCGGGACCUACCAUCUCUGUACCGAGGAGCACAACUAUGUCUGCGAAUCAUAUUACUCACCAUGCCAGCCUGGCCUGUGUCAGAACGGCGGGAACUGCGCCUCCUGCUUUGGUGACUCCCAUCUUUUCUGUGACUGUCUCCCGGGAUAUACUGGCUCCCUAUGUGAAACAGAAAUGGACGAGUGCGCAUCCUCACCUUGCAGAAAUGGCGGCACCUGUGUAGAUGAAGUGAACUCCUACAGCUGCACCUGUGACCGAGGCUAUACCGGAGACCACUGUGAACUCGAUAUCGACCUGUGCAACCCCAACCCGUGCCCGUAUAACUGGGUCUGUGUCGACUACACGGUCGAGAUUCACUGUGAAAUACCUACAGGGAUGAGUACUAGGUCUGAGUACUGUACGGCGUCCUCUUGCGGUCCUGGAUGGUACUGCCAGGAGGGUGGUCCGACCGGGUACUCCUGCAUCCGUGGCUGACACGUGACCAGACAUCUCCGAUACCGGAUUAUGCAAUAUCUGGUCUUUAUCCACUCUUAAUCACAAUACGCC